AUCGUCACCACGUCGUCAUUUUGAGUUGAGUGUGAUUCUGAACAUCGAAAACGUCACCCGUAGUUUAGGUACGUGACGAUUGUUUGAUAAUACAUUAGCGGUCAAAUAUAGUCAAAAUGAUCAUCGUUGUGGCCCUGUUACUCAUCGCUGUUUGCUGUUGGCUUUACUGGGCGUUAGCUGCUUCGCGUUUAGAUCGAGCCACGGCUGCUCUUCCAGUACCUCCUACGUUACCUAUCAUCGGCAACGCUAUGCUGUUCUUAGGAGAUACUCAAAAAAUUUUACAUAAUAUUGAAGACAUCGCAGAAAUAGCUUUACAACAUAAAGGCGCUGUAAAGAUUUGGUUGGGUCCAAAAUUAUACGUCGCCAUAGCCAAUCCAAUAGACGCUCAAGUGGUACUGGAAAAUUGCCUAGAUAAAGAUGUUGUAUACAGAUUUUUACGUCCUUGGCUUGGUCACGGACUUUUUAUUGCGCCUCUACGUUUAUGGAAGUCACAUAGAAAAGUAUUAUUGCCAGUGUUUCAUAACAAGGUAGUAGAAGAAUACGUGACUGUAAUCUCAAAACAGGCCAAUAUUUUAAUCGACAAGCUCCAAGAGGAAUCAGGCAGAGGAAAAUUUGAUGCUCUCAAAUACAUCACAGCAUGUACAUUGGAUAUUGUUUUCGAAACUGCUAUGGGAGAGCGAAUGGAUGUGCAAAAUUCACCAGACACGCCAUACCUUCGCGCCCGCCAUACUGUAAUGUCUAUACUGAAUAUGCGCCUGUUCAAAGUGUGGCUGCAACCCGAUUGUUUGUUCAAUUUAACUCCGUAUGCAAAACAGCAAAGAGAAAACAUUGACCUUACCCAUAAAUUCACCGAUGAGGUUGUUCGAAAAAAACGUGAAGAGUAUGAAAGGAAUAAGAAGAUGAAAACGUUUCCUCAGCCACCAGGUGAAAAGUUAACAGCAGUUUUGGAUAUGCUGUUUGGUCGUGAAAUAGAAUUUACAGACGAACAAUUGCGAGAGCACAUUGAUUCCAUAACAAUAGCUGGUAAUGAUACCACCGCGCUUGUUAUUGCUUAUACAUUGGUGCUAUUAGGCAUCCAUGCUGAUGUACAGGAACGAGUGUUGCAGGAACAAAAAGAAAUAUUUGCUGAUUCGAAAAGCGGUGCUACAAAGGAAGAUAUUCAACAAAUGCAAUAUUUAGAAAGAGUAAUAAAAGAAAGUAUGCGACUCUACACUGUAGUCCCCAUAAUAGCUCGUAAUAUUGACAGGCCGUUGUAUUUACCGCAUUGUGGAGUAACUUUGCCAGCGGGGACAGGCGCAGUCGUUGGUUCUUUUGCCUUACAUAGAUCAGAAGCUGUAUGGGGACCUAAUGCAAAUGAAUUCGAUCCUGAUAGAUUCCUACCGGAACGCUCAGUAGAUCGCCACCCAGCUGCAUUCAUGCCUUUUAGCUAUGGGUCCAGAAACUGCAUCGGUCGAAACUUUGGCAUGAUAAUUAUGAAGUCUAUCAUAUCCAGUGUUGUAAGAAGCUACAAGAUCUUGGCAGAUGAGGUUGGACCACUCAAAAUAGAAAUGCUCUUGUUUCCUAUAAACGGACACCAAAUAAGAGUGAUAAGAAGAUUGGACAAAAACUUAAAAGUAGAAUAGGGAUUUAGAAUAGGUAUUAUUUUUUUAUUGCCUCCGUAAGUCUGAACUUUAAAAAUUAAUAAAAUGACCAGUGUGUUUG